AUGGCCACUCCACCGACCUUCGUAUUCGUUCCCGGCGUCUUCCACACGCCUGCCCAUGCGCAGCCACUUCUCGACGCCCUUCAAGCAAAGGGUUAUCCAACCCACGCAGUCGCACUGACGACCGUCGGAGAAUUGGCCAGCACCGCGCCGCCAAACGCCGAUGUUCAGGCUGUCAAAAAGGUUCUCGAAAAACUUGUCGAAGAAGAAGAGAAAGAGGUCGUGCUGCUCUGCCAUUCCUACGGCGGAGUUGUGGGCAGCCAAGCUGUCGCAGGGCUGGAGAAAAGCCGACGAAACAAAGGCGGAAUUAUCAAGGUCGUAUUCCUGGCCGCAAUUCUGCCACGAGAGGGAGAAGGCUUGCUGGAGGCAUUUGCUGCCACCCCCUCCUGGCCUGGAUCGUGGCUUUUGCCGGCGGGCCCAGUCACGAUGACCGCAUACCCCGAGGCGGCAGAGGUGUUGUUCCACGACUUGGACCCCGACGCGCAAUCCUACUGGGCCGGCCAGCUCGCGCCAAUGUCCGCGCACGUGCUCAGCACUCCUGCUGUUGGGGUUUGUUGGGCGGUCGACAUUCCGAAAAUGUACAUCUUCUGCACGCAGGACCGCUCGAUGCCGCUGCAAGCACAGCGGGUUUUUGUGGAGCGGGUUAAUAUGGGCGACGAUUCAAGUUGGAAGACGGUCGAGAUGGAUUGCGGGCACAGUCCGUUCCUGAGUCAUAUCGACCAGUUGGUGGCGAUUUUGACAGAGGGAGAUGGAGGGAGCUGUUGA